AAAUAAAUAACAAAGUAUAAGCGGGAGCACCUGUGUAUGCCAAGAGGUAAGCUUCCCACCAACCCUGAAGUUGUAUAUUUGUGAUAUGCAGAUAACACCCAAGGAUCACAGAAUGUGAUUAUAUGAGAAGUACCAAUGUGAUAAAAGAAAUACCAGGCAUAUGAAAUCAGGAAAUUCAGACCAACACCCAGCAUAUGUCAUCAGGUGGCACCUCACUGAACCUUGUGAAAGGCCCCAAAUGUUUGUGCAAUGUGUGAAUUCCGUAGAAGAAACAUAGAAAAGAGGAAACAAACAUUGAGAGAGCUUUUCAAGAUGGAGUCUGGAGACCAUUAAGAAAAUGGGAAUUUUGUUCCCUUCAAGCCUGGAAACAUGAACUUUGACAACCUACACCCUUUGACUACAAGCAUCUGAAAAGAUGGGAAGGCCCAGUGUUGGUUUCUGUUCUCCAUGAACAAGAUUUAUCAGGCUGUUCAGUCGACAAAACCAUCAUCCAAAGAAAAUGGAAACAAAAGCAUUUUUUAAAAAGUCAGUCUCUAUGAGAACAAAGCCUUGUGCAUUCAUGUUUGAAUCAAUCUCCUGUGAGAUUCAUGAAGAAAGUUAAAUUGGGGACAACACUCCAUGAACACCAAAGGAAUCUCUCAGUUGAUCAUUCAGAGCUCUUCAUCAGUGUUCUGUGAUCAUGACCACAUGGAUGUCUGCUCAUUAAAUUCAACUGACCAUUUUAGCUAACUGCCUGGAUUGACUUCUAUGAAAAUUGAUCUAACAUCUCCCCUUUUUAAAGCCUUGGUGAAUUAAUCAGAACUUACAAAACCAAAGAAAAAUAGAAAAAAAAAAUCUUAGUGAAAGAGAAUUCAAUCUUAAAAACUAAUUACAACAAGGCAAGACUUACGUUUCUGUUCAUCUUCUAAGAACAAAUAUAAUUUCCACCUUAAAAAGGAAAAAUGAACACCACAUGUAUUGAAGAACAACAUGACCUGGAUCAUUAUUUGUUUCCAGUUGUUUACAUUUUUGUGAUCGUAGUCAGUGUUCCAGCCAAUAUUGGAUCUCUCUGUGUGUCCUUUCUUCAAGCAAAGAAAAAAAAUGAACUAGGGAUUUACCUCUUCAGUUUAUCACUAUCGGAUUUGCUCUAUGCAUUGACGCUUCCUCUCUGGAUUAAUUACACUUGGAAUAACGACAACUGGACUUUAUCUCCUGCCUUGUGCAGAGGGAGUGCUUUCUUCAUGUAUCUGAACUUCUACAGCAGCACAGCGUUCCUCACUUGCAUUGCUGUCGACCGGUAUUUAGCAGUUGUCUACCCCUUGCGAUUUUGUUUUCUAAGAACGAGAAGAUUUGCAUUCAUGGUCACCCUCGCUGUCUGGGUAUUGGAAACCAUGUUCAACGCUGUCAUUUUGUGGGAGGACGAAACAGCUAUUGAGUAUUGCGAUGGCAAAAAAUCUAAUUUUACUUUGUGCUAUGACAAAUACCCUUUGGAGAAAUGGCAAAUCGAUCUCAACUUGUUUAGGACAUGUACAGGCUAUGUGAUACCCUUAGCCACCAUAAUGGUCUGCAACCAGAAAGUUUACCAAGCUGUGCGGCAGAACAAAGCAACAGAAAACAGGGAAAAGAAGAUCAUCAUAAAACUACUUGUUAGUCUCACUUUGACUUUUGUCUUGUGCUUUACUCCCUUUCAUGUGAUGGUGCUGAUUCGCUGCAUUUUAGAGCGUGAUGUGAACUUAGAUAACCACAAGUCUGGGAAGCAGACUUACACAGUGUAUAGAAUCACAGUCGCAUUAACAAGCUUAAAUUGUGUUGCUGAUCCAAUUCUGUACUGUUUUGUAACUGAGACUGGAAGAUCUGAUAUGUGGAAUAUAUUAAAAUUCUGUACUGGGAAGGGUAAUAAAUUACAAAGACAAAGAAAACACAUUCUUUCUACUUCUACAAAAGAUACAAUGGAAUUAGAAGUCUUAGAGUAGAAGGGUUUGGUUUUUUUCUUUGUUUUGUUUUGUUUUAAGGUGCAUGGUAUUGUAUCAUUAAGAUCACAUUUUGAAAAGGAAAUCUGUCAUGUGAGGAAAUUAAGUGAUCUGAGUGAAUAUUUUAAUAAAGUCUAUACAAUGGAAAUAUUUUAAAAGUACAUUGUACAACUCUUCCUUUUAUUAAAUGAGGAAUAGCAAAUAAAAUUUAAUAUUUUCAUAAAGACUCAGAGUCAUGAUUGCUAAUGGAAAUUGUUCCUCUGUCUGUGUUACAAACCUUCAGAAGUUAGAAAGGAAUAAAGGACUAUUAGUCUCUUUUGCAGUGAUUUUUGUGUGUGGUUUGGGGAUUUUUCUCACUGCCUUUAGAUUUCAGGUUGUCAGCCAUCAGUUCUCCCAACUCUAUGGAUCUGUCUUCAACAACUUCAACUACUAAAUUCUGCUUUUAUUAUUCUCAUUCAUUAACAAAAUCUUUGAACCCAUCCCAUGUGCUAUACAGGAGUUAGAGAAUACAGGAGUUAGAGCUCUAGAGGAGUUAGAGAAGAAAUGUUCUCA